AUGGUGUGGGAGCUCCUUUGCACUCCAAGAAGCGGUGCUGCCAGCGGGACCUGUAUGGGAUCGAUGGCGACGCUCUGUGUUGAUCUCCGUUUGCGUCUUCAAAUCGACGAGAAGCCAAGCCUGGGAUUCCCGCAAGACCGCCCAUGCUGGCCGAUCAGGAAAGGAGAUCGCUGUGGGCUAUACUUUUUAGCAUAUCACAAGACUGGAAACUGGUUGCUGCGCUUCUUGCGGUCAAGCCUUGCUAAAGUGCUGCUGGGUUCAAGCGCUGGGAUCCAUUCACCGUUGCUUUCAGCGAAAUGGAACGCAGCUCCUGGGCGUCACCUAGCUCCCAUUGCAGAAGUCCCUGCGGACUAUGCCACGAUUGACCAACCUGCACCAGAAACGAUGAGCGGGGUGAUGCACAAGGAGGAACUUUGGAACUGGACGCCACCAGAUGGUUGGGACAUGCUGCAGCGGCCAAUCUCUCCCAUCGUUGUGACCAUGGGAGAGUUCAUCCCUCCAUUGCACUUCAUUCGUGGACUGAUCAGCAGAUCGAAGCGGCCCUACCCAUUACCAAGCUUGUACCGCGGACGAGUGGUUCACUUGAUCCGGGAUCCCGCCGAAUUGGCCGCCAGCGCCUUCCGCUUUCAUUCACGCCGGGCCCUUCGAGAAAACCCUCACUUUGCCGCCUUUCAUGGCUUGGGAUGCCAUGGUUGUUCCCACACGGUCUGGCACGACUUGUUUCGUCGUUGCGGCUACCGGUGCGGGUACUUGACACUCUUGCAGAAGAUCGGCAAUGCUUCUGUGCCGGAAGCAUUGGAACUGGAGUACGGCAGAUCCCACUCUUCCAUCCAAGCAAUGUUGCGAAACACCGAGCUCUUGAGCAAUGACUCCCGAGUGCUGCAUCUCUCGCCUGAGCAUUUCCGGCAGCCACACGUCGCUCAGACUCUUCGAUGCAUGGCGCAUUUUAUUUUGGGCCAUGGUCAUGGGGAUGCUUUGGUGGCUCCAGCUGAUAUCCUGGACAGCCUCACGAAGGAGAUGGUCAAAGAUUCGCAGUUGUGGCUGGCAAAGACCCAUCAUGCGACCUUCAAGGAUCGCAAAGACUGGAAGCUCGACUUUCGUAAACACUUGCUGAGCCAUCCUUCGUGGGGUCCUUCUCUCUCCAAGACUUCUGUUUUCUUCAGAGGCAUUUUUGAACAUCAGAGUGAGCUGUUCAAGUGCCCUGUUCCCAGCUUCUACUAG